CCUGGGCCGGGGCUGCCGCUCCUCCAGUAUCCCGUGAUGCCGUGUGGCCGCCGGGACGGGAGCCUGCACUAGGCCGUGGUGGUGGUGGUGAGGCGGCGGCGGCGGCAACACGAUGGCGGAGAGUGAGUACGAGUCGGUGCUGUGUGUGAAGCCGGAGGUCCACGUCUACAGGAUACCCCCGAGAGCCACCAACCGGCGCUACAGAGCUGCAGACUGGAAGUUGGAUCAACCGGACUGGACGGGAAGGCUCCGGAUAACAGCAAAAGGAAAUAUGGCUUACAUUAAGUUGGAGGACAGGAAUUCGGGAGAGUUGUUUGCACAGUCGCCAGUCGACCAGUUUCCCGGUAUUGCAGUGGAGAGCGUUGUCGACUCCAGCAGAUACUUUGUCAUCCGCAUCGAGGAUGGAAACGGGCGACGUGCGUUUAUUGGCAUCGGAUUUGUAGACCGUGGCGAUGCUUUUGAUUUUAAUGUUGGGCUCCAAGAUCACUUCAAAUGGGUCAAGCAGCAGACUGAACUCGCCAAACAAGCUGAGAAUCCAGACUCCGGACCCAAGUUGGACUUGGGAUUUAAAGAUGGACAAACCAUCAAAUUAAAUAUUGGGCAUGUACGGAAGAAGGAAAACUCGUCCGCCAAGCCUCGUCCGCCGGCUGGUGGUAUGGGUUUGCUUCCCCCUCCUCCGGGUGCCAAAGCACCAACACUGCUGCCACCACCAGGAUCUAUCAGUGUGCAGGAUUCAGUCAUGCACCAGCCUGUGAAGCCUGCUACUCCAGAAAUACUGGGAGACCUCUUUGCCCCAGAUGUACCGCCUGCUCAGGCUUCUCAUGCUGCCGCCGCGGAUCUGUGGGGGGAUUUUGCAACAGCCCCCAGCUCUGCCUCGAGCCAAGUGACCCAAAGUGCAAACUGGGUGCAGUUUUGACACGGGGGACAUCUUUAGGGGUUUUGUCCUUUUGAAGAAUGUAAGACGCUGGGAGACCGUGAUAGACAUUUGCUUUCUGGUAAGAUAUUGUGUGGAGGUGUCAGCGGCUGGGAGUCCACGUGGUGUCGGAGCCAGCUGGAUUCUGGACUCGCGCCCUACAGUCCUGGAGGGGUUCACUUACAUUUCCGAUGUAUUUGUACCAGGAUACCGAGCAACGACAGGGUCUCCACAUCCUUUGACUUCUAGCUACGGUGACUUCGCUUCAUGGGUGAUUGGAUUCUGUUUCCUAAGGGGACCGACCAGGGGGACACAAAUGCUUAUUAAAAAUGGCCUAGUUGUGUUUUUGAUUUUUUUUGAUUUUUUUUUUUUUUUUUUUAAACACUGUGUAAUAUUGGUCUUAACUUGGAAGUGUUCCUUAAGCACAUCAACCUGUAUUCAGUCGCUUUCCAUUCCGUACUUGGAUCUCUUGAUCUUUCAUUAUAACAGCCUGUAUUGAGUUGGUGUGGGGUAGAGUACUGUACUGAAUAAUAAUUUCCACUCGAAGAGCAAAGCACUAUGAUCGGCUAAAGCCCUCCAAACCGGCACUCUGCUGCACCACUGACCUUCCCCGAAGUGAUGGUUUAAUGAUUGGGUACUGGGUGACCAGCAGUGGAGAGCCGGGGCUUAUUAAUACAUUCGCUUUCCCUUCCCAAGUGUUUGCUGUGGCCAGCAACCUUUAACCUCUGGCAUAACUUGUGAACAAUUUGUCU